AUGAAGCUUUCAGAUAAGAAAGUAAGUAUGCUACUAAAGGAGAAAACCUAGAAUAAAAUUAACAUACCAGUUUACACCGGAGCAAAUAAGACAGCGUAGAAUCAACAAAAAGGGUAUUACUUUCAACCUAUUGUUGAUUGGGGAGAAUGGGAUCGGCAAGAAGACAUUUAUUAAUACUUUGUGCAACCAAAAUGUAUUUGAAGACGAGCUAAAACCGUCCUAUAGCAAUGAAUUAAGGAUUGAAUCCAAAACUAUAAGUAUGUAUUUUUCUAUCAGUAAACAAGAGUCAAUUACUAAAGCAAAUAGAUGUCACAGAAUCGAAUAGCAUUCCUAUUCAACUUAAAGUUAAUUAUACUCAGAAUUUUAACCUGAAACUUGAGAAUAAUGCAACCGGUAGGUUUAUUACUUCAUUCAUUGAAAAUGAAUAUAAACUAAUAUUAGACGAAGAGCUACGGAUUAAUAGGAACCCUCAUAAACAAGAUAGUCGAAUCCAUGUCGCUAUUUAUUUUAUUAGACCUACCAGUAGAGGUCUCAGUGCGCUCGAUAUAAUUGUUCUUCAAAACAUAAGUACUAGAGUGAACGUUAUUCCUGUAAUUUCCAAGAGCGACACACUAACAGAAGACGAAUUGCGAUUAAAUAAGAAAUUAAUCAUGGAUAAUAUCAAGUCGCAUAAUAUAAGCAUCUUUAGAUUUGAAGAUGAUGAGGAAUUUCAAUCUAUCCAGGAUAAGCUACCUUUUAGUAUUAUUUCGAGCAAUAUCGUUCAGAAUGGAAAUCAUAUCCGAAACUAUCCCUGGGGACUGUUAGUUAUCGAAGAGAGUGAUUGUGAUUUUACUCUAUUUAAAAACAUUUUAUUUGGAUCUCACUUGCAAGAAUUUAAAGAUCAAACAAUUAAUUUCAAAUACGAGAACUACAGAUGGGAACAGUUGUCUAGCCAAAUAAGUAAUUAG